GAGCUGUUUGAGGGUCUUAUAAGCUGGCCACGAACUUGUCACAUGCCAUCGAAGACGUAGACUGCCUAGCUAGACAUUGUAUGAAUCUAUGCUAAAUUAACCAUUAGUAGAGAGAGAAUUUUGCGCAUUUUUUCCCGAUUAUUCCACGGUUAGGCCAUCCAUAGCCAUGGGGUACUCAAAAUUUUCAGCCAUAUUUAAGAAGACUAGGUACAUUGAAAGUCGUAAUCAGGAUCAGCUUAAGCGUGGUAAGCUGCAGUGCGAUGGCGUUAAUCGUGAUCCUGUUGUAGUGCCCCAACCUCCCAGUAAAGGAAGUACGGGAAAAAGUGGGAACACGGGUAAUGAGAGACUAACUCGCCGAUCAUACUCAAUGACCUCGAAAAUCACGCGGCAACCUAGCUUUGGCAAGUCUGGUCUGCCAAUCCCAAAAGCUCGUAAUGCUAAUGCUAACGAAAAAGACACUGUAUCGCCCGUUGAAAAUGGACUUGCAGAGGAGAACAAAGAUUCUUCUCUUUUAAGGCCCAGGAAUCGUAACUCUAUCCCUGUUAUGUCACCUAAGGACAUAUCAUCUAAAAGUGAAUCUGUACAUGAUCGCUUAGCUACUCGCUCCAAUAGUGCUUCUAGGAGAAGCUGCAGUGCUUGCAAUAUGGACUUUAAAACUAGCGGAAAUACUUUGCCAAAUAGUAUAGAUAAUGAUAGUAAAAAAAGCAUAAAGUCGCCAACUUCUGGUAAUAUGUCACGUCUUGCGGCACAGAAAUCUGGCUCGCCAAGCCUCUCGCAUGAGAAAAGGCUUGUCAAUGGACACGUUGAUGCAUCUGUCCGACCGAAGGUUAAGAAAAGCCCAACUGUGUCACCAUACCUCUCAAAGCCUUCCUUGCCACCAAAGCCACGGCGGAAAACUAUGGAAAGUAGCCCUUCAGGUUCCAGAGAGGAAAAAUCUAGACAGAAGCCAUCUGAAGGCAAUCUAACGAGUGAAACAAACCUAAGGACAUAUAAUGGGGAUUUGAGAGAAUCUUCAGCAGGUCGAGGCAAUGGAAAAAGCCCAGCCUCAAAUAGAAGACACACAUUAGGUUGUAAGCCUGCUGUAAGUGCUAAACCGCUGGUGAGUCCAUGUGAUCGUAGAUUAGAAAGGCCAUCAAGUCUUUACCAAAGAAGAGGGACAGAAUCAAAUGAAACAAUUGGAGAGAAAAGGAAAGUAACUCCUGAGAGGUCUAGACAUCGACUACCAACUUCAUUAUCUUCCAAAAGCCCUGGUAGAAUAGACACUAAUUCCAGUCCUACAAAACCAUUAUCAGUCCGGCCCAAAUCAUCCUUCUCACCAGGGUCAAAUUUACGGAGCUCGGGAAGGUUUACUGAUGCAUCCCAAGAUCGUACACAUAGUGCUCCAUCUAGUCAUGUUCGCUUCAGAAGCGCUGGACGCACAGGUGUGGACAAACGUGACCCAAGUCACUCGCCAAAGUUACGCCGCAAGGAUGUUAAACGAAGCCAGAGUUUGGGUCCUGCUGAUCGCAAAGGAAAGCGCAGUAGCAUACCAGGAUUUGUAGCCCGGUGUAGGCAAGCCUGGGAGGAUAAUGUUUUAAAACCCUUGUCGAAAGAGAAAGGGGCCGAGGAUGUUAAGCAACCGGUAGUUAGUCCAGAUAACUUGCGUCGAAUGGGUGCCGGUCGAAGGUCUUUAGUUGAAAUGAGAAAAGCAAUGCUCUUCAGUAGCGAUACAGAAAGAGAAUCGCGUUCCAAAACAGGUAUAAAACACAGAGACGUGAAAUCAGUUGUCAGUAAUGGUGAAUCUAAAGUUUCUGAGGGCAAAGUAAAAAGUCAAGUAAAGAAGGAAAAUAUUCGCGAGUCAAGAAUUGCCCGUCCAGAUUUCAUUUCAAAAAGGGGCAACGAGUCCAGUGAUGAUGCAUCUGAAAAUCGACCUGUGGAGAUUGCAUCAAGCAGUAACUCUCAAAUUGAAAAUUCCAAUUCCAAAUCUGAACUUCAGUCAGAGGUGAUGAACUGUGAAACAGAACCACAAAAUAAGCCUGUUGUCUUACAGGAGAACUAUCUGAAUCAGAACGUACCUGUUCAAGAGAGGAAAGUCAGCUUGAUCGAUGACAAAAUAGCUGUAAGGGAAAAAGAAAACAUUGUGAUUGUUUCUGAAGGGAAUAAUAACGAUUCAAAGAAGAAUCAGCUGCAGAAACCAAAUGAAACCAUCAAUAGUAGUAAUGAGCAGUUGGACAAUAAGGAUAAAGACGGCUUGAUAAUCAAGUCAAAUGUCGUUGACCCAAAAAGGCAGGAGGGCCCAGCAAUUGUUGAAAUGCAACAGGAAGCUUCCCCUGUCGACAAGGGUGAGCAAGUUAAGGAUGGACAUUAUUUCUUGCGUGUUGUCAAUGGUCAGCAGUCUCGUAUUGAGGAUUUAUGUCAAAGAGCUGAGAAAAACUUGGAAAAAGAAUUAACAGAUGAAGUUUGUGGAAUAAUUCGGUCAGCCAUUGGCAAGGCCAGCCUCCUCACAAAUAAGAAGUUUAAACAAUUUAGAGGCCUUUGUGAAAAGAACAUUAAUCAAAGUGAUGAUGAACAGUUUAAGACGAUGCCAAUGGACUUGGUGGGCUUCUGGGAGAUGGUUAUGCUUCAAGUUGAAGAUGUAGAGAGGCUGUUCCAAGAGGUUGACAACUUAGAGAAAAAUGGUUGGGUCUUACAACAACCAACAGUUAUCACUCAAAAGAAGGCCAAAGCAAAGGUUAGCAAAAGUACGGAUGGUAAUAUGAAAUCUGAACGUAAUAUCAAAAUGGAACAGGCAAGGAAAGCCAGAGAGGAAUCAAGGCGGAAACUCAUCGCUGAAAAACGAGCAGCCGCGAAGCGAAACGCAUUAGCAGCAGCAGCCGAGGAGAAUGCAGUGGUAGAGAUCUUUGUUCCGGAAAAGAAGUAGACGGGAAGGAUUAGACAGGAAAAAUUAUCUGAUUUGCUUGCCAAUUGGUUGUUUUGAAUAAUGAAUCCUGAAUUCUUCAGUCACUGCAUUCUAAAAUUAUCAAAAAAUAUUAACUUCAAUGCAUCCGUAUCAAGGAACCCUAUACGUGUGUGAGUGCCUACGUUCUUGCAUUGCCAUAUUGACGUUUAUUUAAUUAAUUUAUUCUCUCCGGUUAAAGGAAAUGUGUAUAAAACAGAACCAAAUGAGGAGUGGAGAGGAGAAAAGGCAGUCAAGACCACCUUCUCCAUCUCCAAUCUGUAUGAUUUUAAAAAUUAAUUAAAAAAAGAUAAAUGUACAUGUAUCUAAAUGAUUUAAUUAUCAAUAAAAUUUAAAAAUCUGCACUUCAUUUUCAUUUUAUUAAAGAUUACAUAAAGUCACAAAUAUGUGUAUAUAAUUGCAACAUCAUCAAAAGUAUACAAUCCUAAUUCAGUAUCUACUGUAGUCAAAUAAUUAAUUUUCCUUUAGGUUGGCCAGUUCUUAGUCUAGUAUUUGUUUUGUGGUAAGUUCAGUAACUGUAAGUUCAACAACAUUUCAACAGCGCCCCCCUGUGAAUUUCUACUAAACUUUAGCAUGCUAUUGGAAAUGAUGUUCAGGUGAUUAUAAAAUAUGGUCUUCCAGUGUGUACAAUUUUGGUACAAAGUGAUUUUUACAAUGUUUGUAUAUCUUUGAUGUUUCUAGAAAUAUGAGGAAUAUUAUAUUAAUGUUUACAGUGCAAAAUAUACAGUGAAAUAAAUGCUUUGGGACGGUUAAAUAGGGAAGGAAAAGACCAAAAUGCGUAGUUAAAUGCUAACAGGCAGACAUGAGCUAUGUUAAUUCCAUGUAUAGAUUAUCUGAUUUAAUUAAAAUGCAGUUGCUUUUAGGAUUUUCUCUUGUUACAUGUGUUGUCAGGGUCAUGAUUACCAUUAAUCAUUAUAAUUAUGCUCAUCAUAUUUUGUUACCAUUAUAUUUACAUAUGAUUAUGUAGUUACAAAGUAUCAUUAUUGUUACCAACAAUACAAUAACAUGUUGUCCUUGAAGUUAAAAAUAAUCCGAUUAUCGAGAUCAUCUUUUUAAUAAUUUCAUUACCAUCAUACGAAAUUAGCAUUUUUGUCAAAUGUUUCCAACUAUCAAUGCCAUCUUAUCAUCAUCAUAACACCAAUAAUCAACAUUAUCUUCAUCAUCUGAACCUGUAUUACCUGUAACCAUUUGCUGAUGGAGCAUUUUAAGGAAAUUUAAGCCCUGGUACAGUAUCGUCUGGUUUGAUAUAGAUUAUUUCACCCUUAAUUCUUUUAUGUUUUAUAUUGUCUUUUAUGGUUCAAUUUUAAUAGAUCAUUCCACUCAUGACCCUCUUCCAUAUAACACCUGAUUGUAUUUUAAAACAAUUUGUGAAACUUUCUAAAGAUAAGCAAUAUUAAAAUUGAAUAACAAUAUUACCCUGAUACUGUAUGUAUCAGGGUAAGUGAUGUUUGACCUUGAUAGGAGAGUAUCACUUUGAGGUAAGAAUAGAGAAUUAAAUUACAUAAUGUAACCAUGGAGAAUGCUGUCAAACUGUAACUAUUGAGCAAUACUUCCAUGAUAUAACUAACUGUGACUAAUAACAGAAACAUAACAGUAAUCACAUUAAAGAUGAAGAUUUUAUAUUUUUAUGAGUUAUAUAAUGUUCUGCUAGGUGAUAAUUCUCUGAUGAAUUAUAUAUAAUAAUAUAUUAAAAAACAGUAUAAUACAGAGAAAUGUUUAUGUAUGUACUUGUAUAUAUGGUUAUUUAUUUGGCAGAUCACAUUCGCUAAGCACUUUCCAGACUAUCAAAGGUCAUUUGACAAAAACAUGUGAUACCUAAAUAUGAUUACCAUAUAUAGCCACCUUAUGACUAUUAUGCAUACGACAGCUUUUUGUCAAAGAAAAUUUGAUAUUGUGGGCAGAGCUUUUAGUUAAGAUUCAGUUUAUUAAGGCUUAGUAUCAGGUUCUGGUUCUUAACAUUUUAAAAUAAAAAAGGACAUAAAUGUGACCCACCACCACUUUAAUCAGUCCACUGUGUUACACCUUGUGACGGAUUAGAUAAUAAUUACUGUAUGUUGGUGUGAAUCUCUGAAUUUUAGGGGAAAAUGGUUUAUCAAUAAUUGUUUGUUUUAUUAAUUAAGACAUUAUGCAUGUUCAUACAGACUUGUGUCCAAAUUAAAUUUACAAAAGCCUUACAAUACUAUGCGUACAUUGCAUCAGACUAGUGUUCGUGUCCACACGCUGCUUGGACAGGGCACAUGUGCUUAUUUACAUUGAAGCUACUUCAAAACUUAAAAGUAACUAAUUAGAAUUUCCAGAAGCGAUAAGUGCUGCUCUCAUUUUCUUUAUCAUUUUUCAGAUUCUUGAAAUUAUUAUUACAAUUACGAAAACAUUGUGGCUAAAAAACACAUCACAGGAAUGCAUUUUUAGAAUUUGGUAAUUAUUCUUUUAGAAAAAAAGUAAUGGUAACAGCUCUACCCAGAUCUUAUGAAAAAUAGACUACUACUUUGAGCAUACUUUGACUUUAAUUUGACCUUAUCUUAAUGGAACUAUAAUUUUGAAGCUGAAACUAGUGUUAAUAAAUAAGUGGUUUUUUAUCUUUGAAACCUUUUUUUGCCAAAUUUCAUGUUCAUACAUUCUUACGGUCAAAUGCCAUAGUUCUUCUUGUAGAUAUGGUAAUAUUAACACAAUUUAAAUUUCAAAUUCUCUGGUUUCUGGUACAAGACUUGGAAUGUGACAUAUUGUUCAAUAUGAUGUUAUGAAUGUUAAGUUUAAAAGAUCAUUUUCACAUACUGUACUCUUAUAAAAGAUAGUCCUGACUAUUACAUCAUACUGUACUCUACCCACGUCAUCAUUCUUAUAAUCAACUUUGACCUUCGUGGAAUGGACUCGCUGUGCUCUGCUGAUAGCGAUAUUAAUUCAUCGACUAUGCCAAUCCUAAUCAUUGUGGCAUGUGUGCAUCAGCUAGCUGUCCAUGUUACUUUAGACAUCAAUGUAAAUUCUGGUAGGCAGUGUCUGAGCUGUGGGGAACCAGGAAUUUCCAAAUAGAGGGGGUCUAGGGAGAAACAUUUACAAAUUAAGGGUCCAGACUACCUCAGCCCCAACGUCAUUGUGGCUGAUGUAAAAAAUGCAGUGGCUUUGUGCCAUCUGGAUGGCUAAAAAUGGUGCUCUUAAAUAAAAUUUUGAAGUAAUUUUUAUUUUUUCCCCUUUUCUUACUUUCAACAAUUUAGAGGGUACAGAAUCCGCCCCUGUUGAGUUUGUUUAUAGUCUGUAUUUCAUGGGAAAAGUUGAAGAACCCUAAAUCAUUUUGAGUGAAGAAAUAAAAAGCAGAGGAUUUGGAAGGUUCAACUUGGUAAUCCAAUUUGUUCGGACAAAAGCUCGGUCCACACUAUCAAAUUUUCAUUGACAAAAAAACAGUUGUAUGUCCAUAUAUAGUCAUGAUGUGAUGUCAUUAUGACCAUAUUUAGGCAUGUCACAUGUUUUUGUCAAAUAAAAUUUGAUAAUCUGGACGCGGGCUUAGGUUUACAUAACGCUGAUGAAAGAAUGUUGGAUGCUAGGAUACAAGUCUGUUCAUGGCACAGGACUUCAGGACUUCAUUAAGUAAUGUCCCUAAAGAUAAUUACUACACUCUAAUCUUAGCCAUUCAUAGUUCCUUUAUGAAUUGACACAAUCUUUUGUAGCUUAGACUAAGCAAAAGCUAGCAUAUAGCUCAACGUUAAACUUAAAACCAUGCGAGCAGGAUGAGGCUUAUACAACACGUUGCUAUGAUACAUCGUAUGAUCGGUGAAAGAAAAUGUUCCCCCACCCAAAUAUAAUUUCCUUUAUUGAGCUGCAAGUCCUUUUAAGUUUAUUUGUAUCUCAAGUGUUUUACUUACCAUUGAUACAGUAGUUAAGUUUCUAUAUCAAUUUCCAUAUCUGUUAUGCUGCUUGAAAUGAUGUGAAAGCUCUAGCCUAUUUUUGUUAUUCAUUAAUGGUUAUUGGUUUUCACCCUUGAUAUUCUAAUGAUGGAUCAAUUGAAGUUUAUACUGUUAAAAAAUAAGCAUGGAGAUAUUUAUAUAAAAAAAACUUUCCUAUGGAAAAUUAAGCAAUUUAAGAAUGUUUUAAAUGUAUAUUUAGUGAAGUUACUACUGAGAGAUUAUGCACAUGAAUAGAAAAUGAAUGCAUUGGUAUCUUGACUUUUGAUGAGACAAUCACUUUACAAAAAAAUGUUGAUCAAUAAAGGUAUAUUAACUGAUA